CUCCUCUGAAGUUUUAUGAAGAGGACCAGAGACUAGAGAGUGAAAAGAACUGAAGGGAAGAGACCCCCACCUAGCCCUGCUCCCCCAGGCUCCCAGAAAUCUCAGGGCAGAGGGCACAAACAGCCUCUGGAGCUCUUGCCUGGUGGGACCAUGAACUGGCAGCGGCUGUGGCUGGGCUUCCUACUCCCCAUGACAGUCUCGUGCUGGGCCCUGGGGCCUGGAGAGAGGGAGGCAGCAGUGGAUUACUUGUUGCAAUACGGGUACCUACAGAAGCCUCUAGAAGGACCUGAUGACUUCAGGCCAGAAGAUAUCAUAGAAGCUCUGAGAGCUUUUCAGGAAGCAUCUGAGCUGCCAGUCUCAGGUCAGCUAGAUGACGCCACGAGGGCCCGUAUGAGGCAGCCCCGUUGUGGUCUGGAGGACCCCUUCAACCAGAAGACCUUUGAAUACCUGCUGCUGGGCCGCUGGAGAAAGAAGCACCUGACCUUCCGCAUCUUGAACCUGCCCUCCACCCUCCCAUCCUACACAGCCCGGGCAGCCCUGCUUCAAGCCUUCCAGUACUGGAGCAAUGUGGCUCCCUUGACCUUCCGGGAGGUGAAGGCUGGCUGGGCUGAUAUCCGCCUCUCCUUCCAUGGCCGCCAAAGCCCAUACUGCUCCAGUACCUUUGAUGGGCCUGGGCGGGUCCUGGCCCAUGCCGACAUCCCAGAGCUGGGCAGUGUGCACUUUGAUGAAGAUGAGCUCUGGACUGAGGAGACCUACCGGGGGGUGAACCUGCGCAUCAUUGCAGCCCACGAACUGGGCCACGCCCUGGGGCUUGGGCACUCCCGAUACACCCAGGCCCUCAUGGCCCCUGUCUAUGCUGGCUACCGGCCCCACUUCAAGCUGCACCCGGAUGAUGUGGCUGGGAUCCAGGCUCUCUAUGGCAAGAAAAGCCCAGAGACAGAGGAUGAAGAAGAAGAGACGGAGCUCCCCACUGUACCCCAAGUGCCCACAGAACCCAGUCCCAUGCCAGACCCCUGCAGUGGUGAACUGGACGCCAUGAUGCUGGGGCCCCGAGGGAAGACCUACGCUUUCAAGGGAAACUACGUGUGGACCGUGACAGAUUCAGGGCUGGGUCCCUUGUUCCAAGUGUCUGCCCUUUGGGAGGGGCUCCCAGGAAACCUGGAUGCUGCUGUCUACUCUCCUCGGACGCAAUGGAUUCACUUCUUUAAGGGAGACAAGGUGUGGCGCUACGUUAAUUUCAAGAUGUCUCCUGGCUUCCCUAAGAAGCUGAAUAGGGUAGAACCCAACGUGGAUGCUGCUCUCUAUUGGCCUCUCAACAAAAAGGUGUUCCUCUUUAAGGGUUCCGGUUACUGGCAGUGGGACGAGCUGGCCCAAACUGAUUUCAGCCGCUACCCCAAACCAACCAAGCGGUUGUUUACAGGAGUGCCAGACCAGCCCUCAGGCGCCAUGAGUUGGCGGGAUGGCCGCGUCUACUUCUUUAAGGGAAAACAGUACUGGAGCCUCAAUCGGCAGCUUCGAGUAGAGAAAGGCUAUCCCAGAGAUAUCGCCCACAACUGGAUGCACUGUCGUCCCCAGACCCCAGACACCACCCCAUCAGAUGGGGACACCACUUCCUCAGCCACAGGAACAACCUUGGAUACCACUUCCUUGGCCAUAGAUAUCACAUCACUUUGAACACUGACCACUCAGCCAGAGAUACGAUCUUGGACAUUACCCCCUCAGUCACAGCCUCCACCACCCUUUUAUUCCGUGGCAACGUCACCCUCCCAGAGAUCUAAGACCUCAAUCAAACGUCUGCUGCAGCACGAGCAUGAACCAUGGACCUCACGCCUCUAAAUGUCCCAGCCCCAGCCACCACUCCCCUGUAUUCUUUCCCUCCUGGGCAGUGACUCUCUAACUCAGCCCCCAAAUCCAUCCAUUUCUUCCCCGUCUACUCUCUGGAGGACAUUGGUAGAGGAAAGGCAGCCAUUAGGCCUUUAGCUGACAGGAGGCCACAACUGGGAAAGCCUGGGUCCUGUUCUUCCUAGAUAAAGUGCAAGAAAACAGCAUAGCCAGUAAAAUGAGCAACGGCUUUCUAAUCCUUGAGAAUCACAUUUACUUGCUUAUGACUUUGGGCAAGUUAAUUAACCUCUUUAAGCCUUGGAUUUCCCGUCUGCAAAAUAAGGUUAAUACCAAUCCUGCAGGGUUGUUGCGUUAAAUGAAAUACCAUAU